AUUAUGUUAGCUGAUUAAGCGACACUGUUAAUUAUGGCUGAUAGAAUUUAUGCAAAUGAUUUGAGGACACAAGUAUUUAAUGUACGGGAACAAAGUUCGGCAACAAAUCCCAUCAGUUCGGGACAGAAUAUGUAUUCGGAAGCGAAUGCAGGUAGUAGGCAAAUUGCAAGUAAUGAAGGAUUCUAUCUGGAUCUCGCUCAGACAAGCGCAGGUGAUGCAGCUGCAGAAAGUCACAGACAAGAACUUACAAAAACCAAGAACGCUGUGACCAAUGUGGAAGCGCAAACCUCCAAGCUAUCUACCAAAAAUCAAGAAACACAACUAAUCGGAAAUGUUGGAGUCGGCAACAAAACUCCAGCGAAUCUUGUUCACUAUAUUGACGAGCAGAGAAAAGAUAUCACUCAGUUGGAGUUAAGUUUCGGUGAAGUACAAGAGAACUUAUCCGACAUAAAAUUGGAAGUACUUGGCAUAAUUGAAGGUGAUUCGAGGGAAGUCAACAAAACAGUUCUGGAACAACUUCAAAUAGCAACAAACCAGUUGAAGUCUGCACAAGAAUAUUUGAUAAAAGAUUCUGUAAUUGAGGCGGGAGAGAAUUAUACCACCGUCGAUGGCAAGUUAUUUUGGACCGGUGCUGCACCUGGAUUGAAUUAUACUGUGGCCUACAAUGUGUGUGCGAAGUACUGGUCAACAAUGGCACAAAUAAAAAAUAGACAGGAAUAUGAUGUUGUGAUGUCGAUGUUGCGCCCAAAAAGUGGAUUUAUUACUGUAUGGAUUGGCUUGGGAAUAAAUCCAAUAACAAAACAAAUCUGUCCAACGGACGGUUUCACGAAAUGGAUUAGCGGAGAACCAGGAAUCGGCAGUAGCUACAAAACUUAUACAAACAUCUCACUUGUAGUUCGUUCAGAUCCGAUGUAUAGUGGAAUGAUGAACGCUGAACCAAAUUGGGCGAGAAUCAAAGUAUUGUGUCAACUGUGAAACAAAAGUGUUAUGCUACAUUUAAAAGAACAAUGGGUUCGCCCUUGUAGCUUAAUAAUUAAAACUCACAUGCGAGAAGAAGGUAGAAUAACAUUAAUUUUUUGCGUCAUUAUUCAUUAACGGCUUAGAGAGUAUAUUUUGUGACAUUAUUCUAUUCCACAAUCUCUAUGUUGUGCUAACUAGAUAUUGCGUUCCACAAGAAAAAUUUACAAUUUAUCAUACAUGAAAUGAAACCUCGAAGUUUGCGUUCAUGCGCAAACCGCCGAUGUUUAUUUUGUCACAAUUGCCCGGUAAACUAUAGUAGCUCAUGAUGAUGGAACAAUUGUAGCUAUGUGCAUGUCAUAUAAAUAUCAAUUUCCCAAGUGUUUCGGAAUCCUUAGAAUAAAAUCUGAGUUAACCGCAUGAUAUAAAAAAUAACUGUUGUAUGAAAAAUUAAAACUACCAGAAAUGACUACGCAAUUUGGUUAUUAGCGUGGCGAUAUGUUAUUGCCGACAUAUUUUCAAUAUAAUAACUCAUUCUAAAAUGUUUUGCUAAAUACGAGAAUUGUCCUUCGAAAAUUAAUUUGUUUCUAUUUUCGAAUUAGAAUUGUUCUGUUUUUUACUUUG